GCGUGCACUUAAAUUUGCUUGUUGUGCGAGAGGCUGGUCAUUUUUUUUUUAAAGUAUCAAGCAAUGCGAGAUUCGAAGCAGAGAAGACACUUAAACCUAAUGUUCGUGUAAAAAAAAAAGUUUAUCUUUAUUUAUAGCUUAAAGCGACCUCUGCUGGUGAAACAUUACCACUGACGAGCGUGAUUUCUUUAAAUCUGACACGAGAUCUACUGCUGCCCAAAUUCCCUCAGAUGACCAAUAAAGGGGCUUUAUUGUUUUAAUAAAGGGGGCAAAUAUAUAUCGAGGCUCUCGAGAUUGUCGCAGUAAGAGCUGACUCGCGCGCGCAGGAGCCGGAGGCUGCAGUCUCGAGCUGUGGCUUCCUCAGCAUCAGCAUCUCCGUCGACUCGCAUCUUCUGUGGAACUAGAGCACCUAGACCAGAGGAGGAGGAAAGGGCCGGCUAUAUCGGCUUGAAGGUAACGCAAACGUUGUCUUUUGGAUGCAUUCGCGCGUGUUUCGGAGGCCAGCGAGCGUUGAGAGGACGAUCUGUUUAAAGUAGGAUAUUUGUCCCUGAAGAGAAGAGGAAAUGACGUCUUAUCCUUGGCUAGCAGCUCGUUUUGUGUUGUUAGCAUGUCUGUCGUUUAUGGCGGGUGUGAUCACCGCAGCAGAUCCAUACCAGAAACCCAGCUUCUUGGAUUUUAACUCUUGGUUCUGGAACACCCCUCGAGGGCCACAGAUGUACUCCUGCCUUACUUACAUCGAGAGGAACCUCCGGGUGGAUUGCGAAUUCCCAGAGACCCACAAGAUCCCGGGGCCAUUCUGCGAGUUCAAACAGGACGGCCGACUCAUGGGCUCUACCUACCCAAACACCCCGGUCCACAUGAUCCCGCCUAUCGAGACCCGACGCCGAGCCAACGUGACCCUGGUGUCACCUAACAUCUGUCGCCUCACCUGGAUGCCCAUGUCCGAUGACCGAGCAUACACCUACACCUGCAGGGUUUAUCAGGGCAGCACCUGGAAGGAGAACAGCAUGGCAUACCACCAAAGAAAUCUUCUGGUGUGCUCCGCGUUAAGCGUAUUCCUUCACACCGGACCGUGGAUGCUUGCGGUCGUGAUAUCGCUUCCUGUUUCCCUUGGGCUUCUCUCGGAAUGACCAGAACAACAUCGAACAGGCUAAAACUCGAAGCCAUUCUCACAUUCAACUGCCUUUUGCAUUGUAAAUCAGAUUUAAAUUGAGUUAUUUUUUCAUCUUACAUGGUUAUGUUGAAUUUUAUGUUGCUUUUUUUUACAGUCCUAAAAUUGCUGUGGAUAUUAUCCUUAUUACAUCUUCAGGAUUCACAGUGAAGACAAAAAACAAACCAGACAUAACGCAUGUGGCCCACUCAAGUAUAUAAGUCCAAAAUGUAAAAAAUACUAAACAUGAAAGUACAUUAGUAUAUAAUGCAAAUUAGGAUGAUGAACAUGUUCUUACCACCUAAAGAUGUCCAACUAACAGGUGUUUAUAGUGAAAUACUACAGUUGUACUACACUACUGUACGAAAGUUUGAGGUCAGUAAGAGAUCUGGAAAGAAAUUAAUAUUUUUAUUCACUGAGGAUGCAUUAAACUGAUCAACCGUGCCAGUAAGGACAUUCAAAUUGUUAAUAAAUAUUUCUAUUUCUAUACAUUUCUGCUCAUCAAAGAACACAUUUAGUACAGUUUUUGCAUAAAACUGCAUAUUGGAAUGAUUUCUAAAGAAUCACGCGACACUAAAAUCUGGACAGCUUUGCCAUCAAAGAAAGUAUUCUUUUUAAAUAUAUUCAAAUAUAAAUUAAUAUUUUCAAUUAAAACUAUUUAAAAAAAACUUCAUAAUCAAAUAAAUGCAGCCUUGGUGAGCAUUUUAAAAUAUCUAACUGACUCAAAAAAAAUGUAACAGUAGUGUACGUUGAUGUUAAAUAUUUAAAUCUGAACAUUUACAAACGACCAGUUUGUAACAACUGCUUAACCAGUACAAAAUUAAUUUUUUUUCUUGAAUACGCAGUAAUAUUGCUAUGGCUAAAAGUGGCACGUUUGUCAUUUGCACUGAAUUCAGAUGAAGGCAUCCCAAAUAUCUGUCACCUAAGAAAAGUUGUAAGUAAUAUGUUAUUGUUUUGAUACACGGUAUCAAUUAUGUGCUUCCUUCAAUCAAAUCAUAUAGUAGCUCAAAAAGAUAUUAUACUUUUUAUUGCUGACAUUUUUGUAAUAUUUAUAGAAAUAACUGAGUGAUAUCGUAAUAAGAGUAAUCUGUAAUCUUAUUUAUCAGAUGGCUGGUUUAACGAUCCUUGCAAUUUGUCCAGUGCAAAAUGCAUUACACAGUUUUAUCGUUGUCUUAGCGUUUUUGUUUUUCACUUGAAUGAGGACAUCUCUGUCUGAAGGACAUAACCGCCGCUGACAUAUUAUAUUGCAGCACUCACACAUGAUUGCAACUAAAUAUCCUGUGGACAACAAUUCAAGGACUUUAUGUUCAGUUUCGUUUAGUGUAAAGAACGACACAGGCCUGGAACGGAACACAAGUGCGUAGGAAUGAGUCUCUUGAGGUUAUGUGAUGAUUUUGUAUUUGAAUGUACUGUUACGUGUGUUUCAUUGCGCUCGCAUGCACCGUGCAGCUGCUGCACUUAACUUCCACGCGUUUCAGCUGCUUUUCACACAAGCUUCCUUGCACUAACCUUAAGUGCCUCAGGUUGGCUUUAAGGUAUAAUCUGAGCUUUAGCAAUGUAGUGCUUUGGCCGUUUCAUUUUAAUGACUCACAAAUACCGCAUAGCAAUAUAUUCAAGCGCCAGCACGCACAUUUCACGCACUUCUAUUUUUGAGGAAAGCCUCCGUUUUCCGUUCCUUCACUCUGUUUCCAUCGCAUCGUCUUAUUUUAUGAAGGAUCUAUACUGAGAAAUGUCACAGAAAACAAUAAAGGAAUGUAGAGUGUAA